UGGCCGGCGAGACUCAGUGGUCCGUAAGUCGCCGCGCCGCGCACUCUGCUCUGCGAGUCGCUACUCUACCCCGUCGCACUCGAUCUCGCUCCGAACGCACUUACGAUUUAUUUAAAGCUGCACACCGCAACACCCCAGAAUUUGAUUUAUUCGAAAAUCGAAACGAACUUACUUAUUUAAUUUUAAAAUUUCCUCAGUCACUAAGGAAUCGAAUUUCAUAUUAUCAAACACGUGUUUAUAUAUAGUUUGCGCGAACAGAACGCGGUAUCGUCUGAUCCACGUUUUUCACUGCGAGUGGAUAAAUUAGCAGCCGGAUCGUCGCGUGAAUUUCACUUUUUAGCGUCAACAUCAAACAUCGUCUCAUCAUGUCUGCUGGAUCAUGUAUGGCAAAAAACUGGAUGUAUAAAUCAAGUAUUUUCAAAUAAUGAACAUACAUACGAGUUUUCAAACAAGAAAACAAUUAUUGCGAUAUAAGAGAGGAAUAUAAACCACACCGCUUCUCGUUUAGUUAAAGAUUAACGUAGACAGGCGAGAAAUAUCGAAUCGAUAUUAUGCCCAAUUCGUAGCAUUUUGAAAAAUUCUGCAGGCAGCAUUAGUACAUGAAGAUGCGUGCUAUUGGCUGCCGAGGGCUUGGAAAAAUGGAUGUACGACGAUCACUUUUCAAAUUACUCCUGUUUCAAAUUAUUAUGGUGGUUCGCUGUACAGCAAAAAAUAUACCUGAUAUACCAAGAGUUGAAAUAGUAAGCGACGUAGAAGAUAUUAUCCAGGACAGCAUAAGAAACCUUAUACACACUGGUAUCUACUCACACAAACACCUGGAUGCAUCUAAAGCAGAAGUAGUGACUCCUGUGAAAGUGACCAGGACCGGGCAGCACGUUUCCUAUGUGCUGGAUCACGUACACGAGCACGGCCAUGCACGCGCCAGACGAGACCUUUACUCCACUGAACAUCGCCUACCCCACACUGUACAUUACAACCUGACUGUCGGCGGUCGAGAACUAAGGCUGGACCUUAGGCCUUCAGUAUCAUUUAUCACACCAGCGAUGAUCGUGGAGAGACAAAGAGCGGACCAACGCACGCGGUCCCGACCGCAGGAAGCCGCUACCUCAUGCCAUUACACCGGCACUGUCAGGGGACAACCUUCCUCCAAGAUCGCUAUCUCCGCCUGCGAUGGACUUGCAGGUCACUUACGGACUGAAUAUGGAGAAUAUUGGAUCGAGCCGUCUAAUCAAAUACCCACCGAUAGUUCUAAAGGACGGCCACAUAUUAUAUUCAGGAGGUCAGCGGUAGAUAAACUUGAAGCAUUUCAUAGAAAGAAAAGAGAAAUUAAAAAAUCUCAUCCAAAUCAUAAUGAUAAUCUUAAUAUUAGACCACAUCGAAACGAAAACCAAAAAAAUAUGAAAUAUACUGACUCGAGGCGAAGCCAUAAAGAUGCUAUGGAUCCUCGACGACGGGCAUAUUUAGAAGAGAAAAGGAGGCGAUUAGAAGCACUGCGACGAGAUCCUGUAGCUUUCAGAAGACAACAAGCAGUAAGAGCUGAACAGAGACGAGUUCAAUCAGCUUCAAGAAGCAUAUCACUUGAAAACAGUAACUCUAUUGAAUUUUCUAGAAACAGAACUUUCAACAAAAAUAAAUUUGAACAUAGACCUCGAAGAAUACAGACGCGCCGACGAAGACGAAGAAGGUCGAAAAAUUGCGCCACGAAACAACCUCCUUAUCAAUGGAAAAUUAAGAACUUAAAAAAUAAACAGAUCGAAGAAUACCAAAAAUCUCGAUAUAACAAGAAGUAUCACCGAUCCCAUCACUCAAACGGCCGUUGGGAUAUAGAGGCCACGAGGCGGUCCACCCGCUCCGUGAGCAAGCCGCGCCACGUUGAGGUUCUUCUAGUCGCCGACAAGUCUAUGACAGAUUUUCACAGUCAAGGCAAUUUGGAGAUUUAUCUUCUUACUAUCAUGAAUAUGGUAUCAUCUCUUUAUAUGGACCCAACAAUCGGCAACUACAUUAAAGUAGUAGUGGUUAAAAUAAUUGUCAUUGAAGAAUUACAAGCGGCUCCCGAUUUGGAAGUGACAACGAACGCAGAUUCCACCUUAAGUUCGUUCUGUCGCUGGCAAAAGCAGCAGAAUACCAACGAUGACAAUAAUCCCCACCAUCACGACGUGGCUAUUCUAGUCACCAGGCAAGACAUAUGCAGCCAGCACGACUCUCCUUGUAGCACUCUAGGUAUGGCGCACGUGGCCGGCAUGUGCAAGCCGGACCGCAGUUGUUCUGUCAACGAAGACAACGGCAUUGCGCUGGCGCACACCAUCACACAUGAGUUGGGACAUAAUUUCGGACUUUAUCAUGACACAGCAAAGAUAGGAUGCCACCGGCGCGAAGGUUCCACGCUGCACAUCAUGACGCCUAUGUUUGAAGCCGAUUCAGUUCAAGUCGCUUGGUCAAGAUGCAGCAAACGAGAUGUCACCAACUUUUUAGAUGCCGGAUUAGGAGAAUGUUUAAGUGACAGGCCAUCACAACAGGAGCCAUACGUGUACCCAGAGGUGCCGGCGGGAGUCAUGUUCGACGAGGACUCUCAGUGCCACCUGCAAUUUGGCGCGGAAGCCAUUUCGUGCACUAAUAAAGACGAACUUUGCCAACAUCUGUGGUGCUUUGUUAACAACACAUGCACGUCCAUACUGAGACCGGCGGCGCCUGGUACCGCUUGCGGAGAGAACAUGUGGUGUCAAAAUCAGAAGUGCGUGCCAAAAGAGCCAUCACCCGCGCCACUGGACGGAGGCUGGGGGCCUUGGAGCGAAUGGAGCGAGUGCUCGCGGACCUGCGGCGCCGGCGUCUCCACUCAGUACCGGGAGUGCAACAAUCCCAAACCCGGGAACAAUGGGAAAUACUGCAUUGGGGAUAGAAGCCGGCAUAAGGUGUGCAACACGGAUCCGUGCCCUAUCAACGAACCGACGUUUAGGGAAGUGCAGUGCCAGAGGUAUAGCAAAGUCACAUUCAACAAUGAAACAAUCUCGGAUUGGAUACCUUAUAUUGACCAAGAUAAACCAUGUGACCUUCGAUGCGUUCCCGGCAACGGGGCGGAUGUGGAAAUGGCGGGCGGCUUCGUUAUUGAUGGCACUCCUUGUAGGCAAGAGAUUGGCUCCAGAGAUAUGUGUAUAUCUGGUGUUUGCUACAAAGUGGGUUGCGACUGGAUAGUAGAAUCGAACGUGGAGGAGGACGCGUGCGGCGUGUGCGGCGGCGACGGAUCCGCAUGCAAGACCGUGCAGGGCAUCUACAGUAAGGACACCACGCGCCGCGAGGGAUUCAGCGAGGUUGCCGUUAUUCCGGCCGGUUCGAGAAAUGUGAAAAUUCAAGAAAAAGUUAAUCCUGGCAACUAUAUUACAAUCGGGAGUGCAAAAUCAAGGAAAAUAUACUUAAACGGCGCUAUCAAUACUACCUCAUUAACAGAAUACUUUGUUGCGGGAACCCCGGCAAUUUACGAAAAGAAUCGUGACUGGGAAAAAGUUCGAAUUAGUGGACCGCUUGCUGAAGAUAUUAAAGUUUAUCAACGCAUAAUAAGCGGCGAGCGGCGUAACCCGGGCGUGACUUAUCAGUACACAGUAGACCAGCCCAAGAAGCGCUUCCAGUACCGUUUGUCCGAGUGGUCCGCUUGCUCCGCGUCCUGUGGCGCCGGCUUCAUGUACCGCCACUACCAGUGCAUUGAUGAACAUAACCGGCAAGUGGAUCUUUCGCAGUGCUACAACAUGGAGACGCCGCGGCACGUGACGACGGUGCAGCAGUGCUGGCAGCCCGCCUGCACGCACUGGUGGGUCGGCCCCUGGAAGCCCUGCCAGCCCUGCCACAUGCCCGGACAAGAAGCUACAAAGCAAAGAAAUGUACAUUGCGUCAAUAAAGUAUCAAAUUCCGUUGUACACGAUUCCGAAUGCGAUAUGACGACAAAACCGAUCAGCUCUAUCAGAUGUGCCGAUGUACCGGCAUGUUAAACUAAGCAGAGGAGAGAUGUGAUAAUACCAUCUCUUACCCUCAGAUUCUACACACUUAAGAGAGAGAAAAGUAUUUUGAAAUACGUAAACGAUAACGAGAUAAACUAAGGAGGAAUUCUAUGAAUAUCGACAGUGAAGACGAAAUACCUAUAAUUUCUUUGAACAGACGAAAAACAAUAACGAACAAAAGAAUUUUCGUCAAAAAGUGAAAGUGAAACUGAACUUUGUGCAAAAACAUUGUGAAAGAACAGAAUGUGAAUGAAGAAUGACUGUCUUGGUAAUUGUUGUUUCGUGUUAUUGCAUACCUAUGUAACCCAUCGAAUAGGCAUAUUCAUUUACGCGUAAGUAUUCGAGUAGGACCACUCUGUGGGGGCGUGCGAAUCUCGCAGUAAAAGUACAUUAAACAAUGCUCUACAAUUACCACUUACUGCCAUAUUAUUUAAGUAAUGUCUAGUUUUAACAUAGCCUUUCUAGUUGUAACGACUAAUAUAUUAUAUAUAACAGUAUUAAAAUGAUGUACGUAUUUCUUUAAUCCAACCGACGUGACGUGAAAUCGUUUGUAGAGACUAUGAAAAUUUUGGACCAAAAAUAUCUUAGAAUUGAAAUUCACGUUGCCAUAAUCACGGUUACUGCCACUAUGACACUCGUAUCGAUAAGUAAAUUGUAAGUUAAUUAACCCUAGCUGUACUAGAUCACCGAGGGAUUCAUAUUUUUAUACAGAUGAGUUUAUUAUAGCAAUUUGUAUUUAUAGUAUUUUAUUGCUAGUCAUACUUCAAGACGCUGACUCUUUGACUGUAACAAAACUAACUAAUAGAUUUAUACGUAAAUACAUUAAUUUUAAACAAUUUUGUUUUCAUGUGUAUAAAAAUAAGGAUUCAUUGUCAACUGUCUGUGCCUUAUUUUCGGAACAAUGUAGCAACAAUAUUUAUUUUUGUAACAGCUUUGUUGUGUCCUGUAGUUUUAAGUAACUAUGCAUAAUUAUAACAUUAGAAGUAUUUCUAUUUAAAUGUAUGUACCUUAUUUGUACGUAGGUAUGAUAUUGUAAAUGAGCUUCCCAAUGUUUCAGUUCUAAGAAUCAUUUGGGAGCAAACGUCAAUCGAUUAAUACACAAUUUUAAUUUUCAACCUCUAAACUAACCUUAGUUAAAUACGCCAUUACCUUAAUGUUUUAUACAUGAAUGUUACACGCUGCAUUAUUUAAUUACAAUUGUGUAUUUAAUUAGAUAUCGCAAUAAAUGCAUUGUUUUACAAA